AUGGUAAUUGGUAUAAGCUCUUGCACCCUCCUACAGUGCACCGUUACAGUGCACCCUCCUACAGUGCACCGUUACAGUGCACCCUCCUACAGUGCACCGUUACAGUGCACCGUUACUACAGUGCACCCUCCUACAGUGCACCGUUACUACAGUGCACCCUCCUACAGUGCACCCAGUGCACCCUCCUACAGUGCACCAUCCUACAGUGCACCCUCCUACAGUGCACCGUACUACAGUGCACCCUCCUACAGUGCACCCUCCUACAGUGCACCAUCCUACAGUGCACCCUCCUACAGUGCACCGUUAUACAGUGCACUCUCCUACAAUGCACCCUCCUACAGUGCACCUCCACCCUCCUACAGUGCACCCUCCUACAGUGCACCCUCCUACAGUGCACUCUCCUACAGUGCACCCUCCUACAGUGCACCCUCCUACAGUACACCGUUACAGUGCACCCUCAUACAGUGCGCCGUUACGGGUGGCUCUCAAUACGAGUUUCAGUUUGUUUUCCAAGUAAGUUUCUAA